UUUGGUCCCCUUCUGCCUUCUCCCAGCGCGGCCCUGAGCGGGUUCGGCUUCCCCACGCCGCCUGAGGGCCGUGUCGUGGUGUGAUGCCCUGGGGCUCCUGCUGCGGGCCUGGCUGGAGCGAACAGGGAGAGGCCGAGCAGGACCCUCUUAGUUUGCUGCCAGACACCGGCGUAGUGCCGGAGCGUUUGAAGUGAGGGUUACCUAUGGGAUGUGCGUCGCAACGGUGGGCUUAGGGAGGUCUUUGCCGGUCCUCAAGGGGAAUUCCCCUACAGCGGAGGGCCAGGAUGAGUGUCUGAAAUCGGAGGAAACGGCGUUAUGUUCGUUGUUACUUAAUUCCCAUGAGGAAUUUGAGCACUGUAGCUGUGCAGUGGCAUUGGAAAUGAUUUUAGCCCGUUGCUUGGUAAAGAUGGCAGCUAACAACGCAGUGCUGAAUAGACUGGAGCAGAAGGGCGCAGAGGCUGAUCAAGUUAUUGAAUACCUCAAGCAACAAGUUGCUCUGCUCAAGGAGAAAGCUAUCCUGCAGGCAUCUCUCAGAGAAGAGAAGAAGCUCCGUGUGGAAAAUGCUAAACUGAAGAAAGAAAUUGAAGGGCUCAAGCAGGAGCUGAUUCAGGCAGAAAUUCGUAAUGGAGUAAAACAGGUUGCUGUUCCUCCUGACACAGCCAUGUCCACAGCCUCGUUUCCAGAUGGUGUUCCACAGCCUACAGCAGUUGCAUCAUCUCCUGGUUCCAAAGAUCAAGUGAAAGGUGAAAGUGAAGAAAAGAAAAAGAACGAAAAAGCAGAAAAAAAAGGUGAGAAGAAGGAGAAGAAACAGCAACCGGCUGCUGGAAGUAGCGAUGCAAAACCUGUAGAUGUUUCUCGUCUGGAUCUUCGUGUUGGCUGCAUCAUUACUGCCAAAAAGCAUCCGGAUGCAGACACUCUCUAUGUUGAAGAAGUGGAUGUUGGUGAAGGAAGCCCAAGGACUGUUGUCAGUGGUUUAGUGAAACAUGUUCCUCUGGAUCAGAUGCAGAACCGGAUGGCAAUACUACUCUGUAACUUGAAGCCUGCAAAGAUGAGAGGAGUAGUGUCGCAGGCUAUGGUGAUGUGUGCCAGUUCACCAGAAAAAGUGGAGAUUUUGGCUCCCCCAUCUGGGGCAGUGCCUGGGGACAGAAUUACUUUUGAAGGUUUUCCUGAUCUGUGCCCUGUAUGAACUGCAGUAUAAAGUCUGGCCUAAUGCAGAACCUCAUUUGUGACUACAUGCAUAUUAGGAGUUCGAUUUAGAGCACUCCCUUGUUCUGAUUUUCUGGUUGAACCUAGAAUUCUGGAUGCAGCAUUAUGAGGUACUCUGAGUUGCAAAUAGUUUGGUAAUAUAAAGAGAUUUUCAACGACAUAUUAAGGUAUUUGGUAUAGAUGUGGAAUUUUCCAGUUCAUGGCUUCUCUUAAUUCUAUUAAAUGUUACCUGCUGUAGAAAAUAGACAAACGA